CAUCACUGUCAAUGGGUUUGUUUUGAAUCGCAGUUAAUUGAUUUCUCUUUGUAUAGUUUUCUUUAUUUUCGUGCGAAAACAAAUCCAGAUUUAAUAUAAUUGUGUAUUCGUAUAUGCUUUAAAAUACAAAUAAACAAAUACAAACAUAUGGAAAACAAAUUGUAAAUAAAAUAUGCUAAGUUGCAAAUGUGCCCUAAAGUAAGGAUAUAACAAAAAAAAUAAUUUAGAUAAAAUAAAAGUCUCGAAAUUCUCAAAUCUCAAGUUUAACAAUGGCAGAGGAAAAUACGGAGGAGGCAUUUAUCAUAUAUCGGGAGGGUGUGGCACAGCAGUUGCAAUGGGCAACAGUGCCACCUUUGGAACGUCAACCUGCCACACGUCUCUGCGCUGUAGAUCAGUAUGAGUUACUAUUAAUACUCACCGCUGAUGGCUCACUUUACAUUGCUAAGAAAUCGACACAUUCCCCCAACACACUGCAUUUAGAAUUGCACCGCACCUGCAUAGUGGAUAUAGCCUAUUGUCGACAGUUGUGUCAACUCUUUGUUGUAACGGCGAAUGGUGAAGUGCUGAUGCAAACUAUAAAGCAAACAGGUAGCACUAGCUUAUGCAAGAAUGCUUGGCAAGCGCUAUCAUUUGAUCCCCUUGAGCUCUCCGAGGAGGGCAUUUUUAUUGAACGCGUUUGCUGUGCUUCGCGCGGCGUAGUCUUUGUUACACGCGCCGGCAAAUUGUAUGUAAUGGGCAGUUGCGGUGAUGUAUUUCAUGCAGAAGUGCAGCCCAAGCAUAUACGCUUAAUUGAAGAAAGUAAAUAUUUCCUAGAUCUCGUAGCUGGUGAUGAGUUUUUUGUUUUAUUACUACAACGCGCUUACCCUACAGAAGGCGAUCCGUUAAAGCUCUCGAUCAAUGGACGGCAAACGAAUAUUGCUUCAACAUCAAAUCAUUCGCCUUCAGCUGCACGUGUCCGCGCCUAUGGUAACCAGCUAGAUCUUGAAAAUUCUGUCUGCGAUGACAAUGCAGAUAAAAAAGCCGAAUUAAACUCGAACUCAUCUGUGCGCUCUUAUAGUAGCACCAAAUCCAGCCAAACACAACAAGAUGACAUUGACUAUAAUCUGAAAGAAAUACUUAAACAAGGCUACUCGCUGCUGCACACACAAGUUUGCACGUUUGGUGCUGCGAAUGGCGGCCUACUUGGCACAGGCGAUCACAUUAAACGCAAUACAGUAAAUUAUCUGCAAAAGCUGGAAGCUUUGGGCGUAUGCAGUGUGGCUGCUGGUAGAGAACACAGCGUAGCACGCACUCUGGAUGGCAGAUUAUUCCACUGGGGGCUCAACACACAGCUGCAACUGAAUAACCAAAAAGAACUAACCGAUAUAAGUUCGCCUACCGAACUGAAGUUGGACAAAGUGGAACUGGAAGUGACUCAGCGCAAUAUACUCAAUGCCUGCUGCGGUGACUUCCAAACCGUGCUAUUGAAUGCACGUGGUGAAGUACACAUAAAAGAACAGCAGCUGCUAACGAGUUUCGAACAACACUUGCUCACUUUGAAUAUGCGUGACGCCACCAAUCGCAAAACCAUCCCCUUGUUGCUCGCCUCGGCGACCUACACUUUGCAGAAUCGUCGUAAAUUCCAACGCCAAUUCCACGCCUACUAUACGGGGCUGCAACAGCAACUGAAAAUGCUGUUGGUGUACCGCCAUGGCAUACAAAUGAUUGAGCUUUUUCAGCAGAAGAGCACAGCAUUCGUGCUGUUGCAGCUGCAACACAUAUGCCAGUUUUAUCACAAACUCUUGUACCUGAUCGCUUGUACGUUGAAAUCCUUUGAGGAAUUUUACCGUUCCGACUUUACAAAUCCGACAGAAUUGGUUUUUGUGCAGCACUACCGCGAGUGUAUCGAACUUUUUACGCAGUACACAAAAGCUUAUUGCGACCUUUACUCGGUCGAUGCUUUCGCAGAGGCCUCCAAACUCUACAGCCAAUUGUCCAGUGUGCCGUUAUUGCCCGGCCAGCGCGAGCAUAAUAUCGACUUGCUGCGCAUCUGUCAGCAGCCCUUUCAAGUAUUCCCCCAUUAUGUGCAAUUCCUCGAACAACUCAUCAAAACGCGUCCUGAAUUCACCGAGCAUCUCUUCGCUUGGGACGCGUACGCGCGUCAACAGCGCAUUGACUUGGAGCUGGCGGAGAACACCUUGGAGUUUUGGCAGCGCAAUGAGCGCAACACAAAAAUUCGGCAUUUUCGCCGUAAGCAGCGACGCGUCAUACUUACCUCCACGACGGUGCCGCUGAAGUUGGCUCACACCACCAUGAGCAUGUCCAGCAACACGUUUAUCCUAUUCUCCGAUUGCUUCUGUCAGGUUAGUGGCCAGUUGCACACAUAUCCGUUGGUGACGCUGUGGGUGAAGAUGGAAAAUGACACCGCCUUACGCAUUACAACGCCGGAGCGCACAUUCACGCUGCUCGCGCGUACGAAUCACGAUAAGAAACUUUGGUACGAUCAAAUCGAGUCGGCUGUGAAGCUCGCUACAGGCCGGCCGGCGGACGUCAAGUUGUCGAGUGUGCGCACUACGGCUCACCUGUUUAGUCGCAAUCAUGCCAAAUAUGCCGGUGUGCACGCUUAUGGGCGCUGGCGUAAUGGCGUGCUGCAUGGCAGCUGCUACCUCGAGUAUCCAGACGGACGCGUUUAUUUCGGACAAAUUCGGAAUGGCGAAAUAGAAGGUUAUGGCAAAAUGGUAAUACCAUCGGUUGGUCUGUACGAAGGUCAAUUUAAGGCUGACAAAUUCCACGGUCAUGGAACCUAUGAGCUUAAAGAUAAUGAGGUUUACGAGGGUCACUUUCGGGAAGGUCUAUUUCAUGGGCAUGGCAUGCAGCGUAGCAAUAAUUGCACCUAUGUCGGCGAAUUUCAGGCCAAUGCGAAAUGCGGUUAUGGUAUCCUCGACGACAUGUUGACGGGUGACAAGUAUAUGGGCAUGUUUGCGGAUAAUAAGCGUGUCGGCGCUGGCAUCUGCAUUACGAUGAACGGCGACUACUUCGAGGGUCUCUUUGCGAACGACGAACUAGCUGGUCCGGGUAUAGCGGUGCUGGAAAAAGACUACUACUAUGAGGGCGAAUUGUCGUUGCAGGGCCCAAUUGGCAAGGGUGCUUAUUACAUGCCAACAGGUGCUGCAAAUACAGAGGAUUCGGACCUCAACGAGAGCGAUGAGUUUGCGAGUCGCCAAAUGAUAGGCAAUGUUCUGAGUGGCCAGUUAGGCGGUACAUGGCAAGAAGUGCGCAUUCUCUCUGGCAACAUGGCUAUGAACAAGCAGUUUCCAAAAUAUCCAAGUUCUAUCGGUGCUUUAGUCGUCGAUAACAGUCGCAAAUGGCGUUCGCUCUUUGAAAAUUUCGAAGAAGAAGUGCUCGGCUGUGUUGCCGUUAACAGCUCGCAGAAAUCUGACGAUACCGUGAGUGCGACAAAAGCACUAUGGAAUCGUAUUGCUGUUUACAUGUAUUCGCUGCGUGAGCGUGAACGCACGCUAGAGCAGCAAGACAGCGCUUAUCAGUCGACGCGCAGCUACUUUGCCAAAAACAUAUCACUCGGCUUCUCCAACAGCUUCGAUAAACUGAGUCUAAAGUCCACAAAUAGUUUGCUCACAACAGCUAAAACGAGCAUACUGGAUUUGAGUAGCGGCCUGACGGACUCGCGACGUUCUCAUUCACAGGAAAUGCUCUACGACGGCGAUGUAAACGAUUUCGAUAACGUGUGGGGCUCCCAAAGCUUCACACAUUACAAUAGCGAGGAUAACAACUCCAUAAGCGGUUUGCUCAACGCGCAGAUAAACCAUUGGCUGGGCGAUGCCAAUGCGCCGAGUUUGCGCUCUUCAUGCGAUAGCAUACUGAAUAUUGGCGAAAGUUUUAAUAACAAUAGCUUCACUUCACAAACUGAUCUGGAAAUCGUGCCCAGCUUCGGUAUCACUACGCUGACCGAACAAGAUGUGGCCGCCAUCAAAGAUUACUUACAACAAGCGUUCAAAGAUCGCUAUCAUCCGCUGUAUCUGUUGAAUCAGCGCAUAUCCAACUGCUUUUACAACUCAUACGGCUGUUGGAAAAUGAAGCCGACACCCAUACUGGCAAAGCAAGCGAUGUUAGAAUGGGAAUCGAUCUCGAAACGUGUUUACCGAUUCGUGCAGAAAAUGUUUCCGGCGCUGCCCGAUGACUAUUGCGUAAUCGAAAGCACGCGCGAGGUAGUGUCGCACAUCACCUUGCUGUAUCCCAUCGUGCUAAGUGAGGGCAUUUACUCGACGCUGUUCGUGCUCUACGCCAACAAGUGCAGUGUGAAGGAUGAAAUGUACAGACAGAAUCUUAUUUAUGCGGACAAGCUGAAAGACGAGGAACUAGCCGCUUGUCUAGGACUCGAUAGCUCAUUUUUACCGAUCGUGCGUCAUGCCUGCUACGCCGACGCCAUACAAACGUUGAAACAACUCAAAGAAAAAUAUAGUCCCAAAGCGAUGUUAACUGUGAUAGAGCGUUGCAUACAACAAAUAACCGACGCACACAAAGCAAUUGCUAGCGUGAACUCUGUGAUAUUAGCCGCCGACGGCAUGAUGCCGCUCACACUCUUUCUGGUGCUGCGCGCCGCCGUACCGCAUCUCGGCGCCGAGUUAGCGCUGCUGGAUGACUUGACCGGUGGCAGCAAUUUCCAAUUUGAAAUGAACGGCAUUGCCGGCUAUUGCUACACGACUCUCAAGGCUGCCUAUGAGCAUAUCACCGCCGUGCCUCUAAAUAAGUCGUAAUGCGCCCCCCACACACCUGCCGUGGUUCUCACGCAUGCACGUCAGUUGUGCAGAAAGCUCACCAAAUCAUAUUUUAGUAGCAACUGCAUUAAGCUUUGUGGUUGAAUUUUGAAAAUUGUAGCACCUAAGCAUAAAUUAAACAAAAAUGUUGACGUUUCAAAGUGUAAAGAGUAAGCGGUCUGUUCAAACAGUGCUAUUGUGUUAAGUGUAAGAAAAAAGCGUACUGUUCAAACUGAGCCAUCGUGUUAAUAGUAGUGCUGCAAAAAUAUCUUAUGUAUGACAAGUGCGAAUUCAGAAUUAUUUAUGCUCGAAGUUUGAGUGCAAAAAAGUAAAGCGGGAAAGUUUCUGCCCAACUUUUUGGAGCCUGCUCGAAAUUAUGUAAUUAUCGUUUGACUACUAUUAUUAUAUAUAUAUUUUUUUUUUCAAGGUCAUAUGUUUAUUAAUCCAAGUAUUUAUUCAUAAGUCGUCUGUAAAAAGUUUGCUGCAUCAUUUUAAAGUCGGUGUUGUUUUUAAACAGCUAACCUCUAAAAUUCUCAACGAAGAAAUAUACCCUAAACUAUAUAUUGUUACCGGAAAAGUAAAUAGAGUAGACUAAUAACUGUGAAAAUUGCAUAAUUAAUGUUAAAUACACACUAACAUUCCACUGAUGAAAGGUAAACACUGAAAAUAUGGUUUAUGUCCGGACGAAAAAGUGGAUGAAAGUAGGGGAUGUAUUAGUAAUAAAUGCGAACUGUUACCAAAAAUCUUUGCAUAACGUAUAAAUUCUUUCAACCGAA